AUGCCACUAAAAGGUAAAGACUCCACUAUCUCCAAAAAGUCUAAUAACAAGAUUCAGAAAACCAAGACCAAACCCAAUGCAAAACAUUCUUCUAAUAAUCAGCAUGUAUCUAGAUCUAAAUCAAAAGCCAAAGCAACCAAGAUAAAACUAGAUAAGUUGAAUGCCGAUGUAACUGAAUUUAAUGAAGUAUCACAGUUAUUAGCUGAAACAUCAGCAAUACCAAAAGACAAAAGGAAAGAUGCUAAUGAAGAUAAUUUGAAGGUGUUAAAACUGAUUAAGGAGGAUUAUGUCAAAGAUAAAGAAAAGAAGAAGAAAGAUGAAUUAGCUAAUGAAGAAAUUAAGAAACAGAUGCAAUUGUUGACUGACAUUGGAUUGUAA